UCGGGGCCUGAGAAGAAGAAGGUCUCAAUUCUCAAGGUCAUCAAGCACUGCUGGACAAAGCACGGCGAUGAGUCCGAUGCCGAUCUGCCACCCCGCCUCGCUGAAAUCGAAUCAAAGUAUAACACAAAUGUUGAGAAGAGGCGGGCAGAAUUAGGCUUGACUCAGGAGGAUGAGAUUGAUUCUGAUGUGGAGGAUGAUGCCAUCUUUGAGGCAGUUGGGGUGUACAAGGGCCGGGUCCCGUGCAUGGGGGCUGAGGGGCAACGGAUCUUGUACGACCGCAGCGGUGCUUCAUCUUCCCGAACAAGGCGCGGAGAGGAUCCGCGUAUCGCUCAAAUGCAGCGGGAGAUGGAGGAGCAGCAGAGGGCCUUGGCUGAGCAGCAGCGCACCUUGGAGGAGCAACGCAAAAAAGAAGAAGAAACAAGGGCCCGGCUGGAAGAGAUGGAACGGAUCCUCAGCGCCGGAAUUCGGAAUCAGCCUCAGCCUCAGCCGUAUGUACUGCACCCUGAGCAGACACCUCAAGUUCCGCACAUGGGCGGUUAUUUCCGUACCAACUCUGCUACCGGGUUGCCUUCAUUUGGUUCUAUUCAGGAUAUCAAUUUUCACAACCUGUUUCAAACAUCUGGAGGCAGCCAAGCAGGUGGCAGUCGCGGAGGUGGCAGUCGCGGAGGAGGCAGUCGCGGUGGCAAUCGAGAAGGCCAAGCUGGAGAACCCCGAGAACAUGAGACCG